UGGAGGAACGGCGGGCUCCGAGCCGCGCCCCGGAGUCCGCGAAACUUCCGAGCGGGCGCCCGUCCGCCCUGCCGCCGCCGCCGCCGCCGUUUCGCCUGCCGGCCUGAGAGCGGGACCAUGGAUGAAAGGUUCAACAAGUGGCUGCUGACGCCGGUGCUCACUCUCCUCUUCGUGGUCAUCAUGUACCAGUACGUGUCCCCCUCCUGCACCAGCUCCUGCACCAACUUCGGGGAGCAGCCCCGCGCGGGGGAGGCCGGCCCGCCCGCCGUCCCGGGUCCCGCCCGCCGGGCUCAGGCGCCGCCCGAGGAGUGGGAGCGGCGGCCCCAGUUGCCCCCGCCGCCCCGGGGGCCCCCCGAGGGACCUCAGGGGGCCGCGGCGCCGGAGGAGGAGGACGAGGAGCCCGGAGACCCCCGGGAGGGGGAGGAAGAGGAGGAGGAAGACGAGCCGGACCCCGAGGCCCCCGAGAACGGCUCCCUGCCCCGGUUCGUGCCGCGCUUCAACUUCACCCUGAAGGACCUGACCCGCUUCGUGGAUUUCAACAUCAAAGGGCGCGACGUGAUCGUGUUCCUCCACAUCCAGAAGACCGGGGGCACCACUUUCGGCCGGCACCUAGUGAAGAACAUUCGGCUGGAGCAGCCUUGUAGCUGCAAAGCCGGCCAGAAGAAGUGCACCUGCCACCGGCCUGGCAAGAAGGAGACGUGGCUCUUCUCCCGCUUCUCCACCGGCUGGAGCUGCGGGCUGCACGCCGACUGGACGGAGCUCACCAACUGCGUGCCGGCCAUCAUGGAGAAGAAGGACUGUCCCCGCAACCACAGCCACACCAGGAAUUUCUAUUACAUCACAAUGUUACGGGAUCCAGUGUCACGUUACCUGAGCGAGUGGAAACAUGUCCAGAGAGGGGCCACGUGGAAAACCUCUCUUCAUAUGUGUGAUGGAAGAAGCCCCACCCCAGAUGAGCUGCCUACCUGCUACCCUGGGGAUGACUGGUCUGGGGUCAGCUUGCGGGAGUUUAUGGAUUGCAGCUACAACCUGGCUAACAAUCGCCAGGUGCGUAUGCUGGCUGACCUCAGCCUGGUGGGCUGCUACAACUUGACUUUCAUGAACGAGAGUGAAAGAAACACCAUCCUGUUGCAGAGUGCAAAGAACAACCUGAAGAACAUGGCCUUCUUUGGGCUCACUGAGUUCCAGAGGAAGACACAGUUUCUCUUUGAGAGAACAUUCAACCUCAAGUUCAUCUCCCCCUUCACACAGUUCAACAUCACGCGGGCUUCUAACGUGGAGAUCAACGAGGGUGCCCGCCAACGCAUUGAGGAGCUAAACUUCCUGGACAUGCAGCUUUACGAGUAUGCAAAAGAUCUCUUCCAGCAGCGCUACCACCACACCAAGCAGCUAGAGCACCAGAGGGACCGCCAGAAGCGGCGGGAGGAGCGGAGGCUGCAGCGAGAGCACAGGGACCACCAGUGGCCCAAAGAGGAUGGGGCUGCAGAGGGGACUGUCACUGAGGACUACAACAGCCAGGUGGUGAGAUGGUGACCCCUUGCCCUCUCCUCUCUCAGGAGGGGGAGGAUGAGCAGGCACAUUGACCUUCUUCUGUUGAGGUACCUUGGAGAAGCUGGGCCAUUCUGAGGACAUCUGGCUGUGUGUGCUUGAUUUGGACAUCUUCUUCCUUCUUUGUCUUCAUUUUUAUCCAGCUGGAGAUUACCGUCUUGUUCUUUUUUUUUCUUGACAUUUUGCAAUUGGUGAUAUUAAGUAGGGUAGGGGUGCAUCACAUAUAGACCGUUUUAGAAGGCCAAGGAGAGCCACACAGAAAAAGGAGACAGUUCCUGUGAUCUCCUUUGCCAGGAGCAUAGAAUAGUUUGGGUACCAGGAACCCACAGAGGCACACAUGAAAAGCCAAAUUAUGGCUUGGAUGUUCUGCUGAAACUGGUCUAUGUCAUACUGUCUCCUGUUAUGAGAAUAUCAGUCGGUAUAAAGAGAAAAAAAGAGAAAAACAUUUCAGCCCUUAGAUGAGGUCUUACACCAACCCCCACUUGGCUAUUGGCUGUCAUCUUGAACUCUAUUUGAAUGUGACUUAAAUCACAAGUAACGUGUUUUGUUGUUGCAGUUGUUUUGAAACAAAAUUAUCCUAUUAUUGACCAUUGCUAGAGACCCACAUCCUACAAAAUCCUGACACCAUAACCUUAAGCCAUGCCCUUCCUUCCAUCUUUUAGGGAACGGGGAGUGGAUCCAGGACAGGGGAGGUUGUAGCCCCUGAGAAAUGAACGUUGGUAGGAGCAUUUAAGAGAAAAUUUGCUUAUUUGCUAAUGCCUAAAGGGGUCUCACUUUACAAAUUGUUACUUUCAAUGUGAGGAAUGAAUGAUAAAUUAAGAGAAAAAAAUAUCAGGAAGGUCAAUAUAUGCCUAACAUUUCUAAACUGGCCAGAUAACCUUAGAUUUUAAAGGUACAUUUCAGAGUUUAACCUUUUUGGAGAAGUUAUAUUCUUUAAUCAGGUACUACCAGUCUUGAAAUUUUGCCACCACAGAGAGAAAGAUGUUUUUAAAAGCUUGGCCCAAAGAAUAGGAAGUUAGCUAGCAUGUAUACAAAAUAUAUUUGAGGUUACUAAAUGGAUAAGAACUCUGAAUUAGGCCAGGAGACAUGGAACACCAUUCAUGGGAUGGUUAUCACAGGAGUUUAGACAGACUCUGCCUCCCAGCAUCUUGAAUAUCUCCAGCCUGUUCACUGUUUUCUUCCCACACAAUCUUUACCUGUUGUUAGACUGUAGCCACAGACAGUAAAUCAGGCCAGAGUGUCUAAAACUGGACAAGAAAUGUGUUGCAUUGCUGAGGUCUUAUUUUCGCCUUUUCAUAAUCCCAACUACAAUAACAAGAAUUUUAUUGAAUAAUAAGGAGAUAUGUAUGGAAGAAGGAAGAGAAAGCCUUUGUCUAGCAUUUAUUAGGAAGAUCAGAGUGAGGGGGAAGUUUCACAAUGGAUGGAUCUGAUCAAUCCCUUCAAGGAGCUGAAGGCAAAAUAUGUGAAACCCCUAAAUCAGAUUGAAAAGCCUAUUUCAUUGAUAUCCAACAUGUUUGAUGUUUAAGCUAGCUUUACCUAAGCCACUUCUCAGCCUCCAGAAUACUCUCUCUGGGGUUGUGAGUCAAUCAGCCCACAAGCAUUCAUGGAGUGCUUACCUGCACAGAGGGAAGUCCAGCAGCUCCACCAGUUAGAGAUCUGGAGAUGCUUCUCUCACUGUGCUUGGCUUCAUCUGGGGUGCAAGGGAAGGCAUUAUCGGGUGGCUCCCUUGCUCCAGGAACUGAAGGAGGCCCUUUUCAUACCUUAAAUAUAUUCUGCACAACAAGUGGAUAUUGUUAGUCUCCAUUUCAUAGAUGAAAAUAGUGAAGCCCACAGAAAAUAAGUAGCUCCUCCACGGGUUGUAAGCUAGGUCUAGCUGACUGCAAAGGUCAAGUUCUCUUUACUCCAUCACCGUAUCCGUAUGGAAUAAGGGUUCAUCCUACCUAAAGCUUCCUGCCAAUAAUGCAAGAAGCCAGCUGCAAUUUCCCAGAAGCGUUUGUCUCUAACCCAUGUGGGUAGCCCGACCAUGACAGCACCACGCUAACAGUGACCCAGAGCCAUACUGCCUUGGGUCAGUCCAGCCCCCUCCACAUCACUGAGCCAUCAAUGAGCUGAGAGAUCAAUGACUUUUUAGGCAGCUGUGUUUUUUAAGCCAUAUACAAGGGUAAGUUAAAAGGGGCCAAGUAAAUAUUGCUUGUUAGUUGGUAGAGAUUAGGCUCACAAAAUAUUUCUCCAUUUCCAGUGAUUUGUUCCUAAGGUAAGAAGGGAAGGAGGAUUGCAGCUGGGAUUAGUGAGCGGCUCUCUCUCUAGCUUCUCAUCUCAUUGUUAGGAUCUAAUGUUCUGCCUAGAAUAGCAGGACUGCAAAUUAUCCUUCUGCCUGCCCCUGUGACACACACACACACACACACACACACACAAACAAUCCAGUGUUUUGUCAUGUGGAAAAUCAAAACAAGUUAGAAGGCAUUCAGACUGUUUCUUUUAAACUCACUUUAAAAUUUUGGCAAGGAAUUCAUGCAUAACUGAAACUUGAAGGCAGCCCCUGCUCACUUCACGCUGUUCCUUAGGCACCUUGGGAUUGGUAUCAAAGGCUUCCACUGCCUUCUGCUGAAGGCAUGAUGUAUGGGGCUCCACUUGAGACCAGGUAUCAGGAUGUUCAGAGGGAGCCAGCUCUUUAUGUUGGCCCCAGGCCAGUGCUGAGCAAAUUAAAAAGACCGACAUGGGCUUCCUCCCUCAUAUCAUUUCAUUCUAAAGCAGCAAGCUUGUCAUACCCAUGGGGUCCUAUGUAAAUGGAGAGGUAGGGAUGCAGUUUAUUCUCCAAAAAUUGACUGCCCACCUCCAUGCUGAGUGAUGCUCAGGGAAAUGAUGCCAGCAGAAGGCGUCUGGGCCUAAGGAUCCAUGGAAGUCAGGAACAUUAAAUCCCAAACCAAAUCAACUCCAGAUAUAUCAGUGUCAAAAGCCCAAGAAAAGACAAAAAAGAAAAAAACCAUCCCCAGGGGUUCUAUGGCCCUAUUGACUCCUACACUUCUUUCCCUUCUCUUGGCAAUGGAAGCUCCAGUACCCAGAUUGGAGAUUAGGAUGAGACGUCUUUGUGUAUAUGUGCACGUGUGUGUGUGUGUGUUUUAUUAAGGACAAAGAUACACACUUAUCUAUUCUGUCUCCUUCUAGCUUUUAGGCAGCCUACUCUUGGAAACUGGAGGAAACUGCCCUGAGAAUUAUUAGAAUGCUCAUAAUAAUAAUUGGUAACAUUAACAAUCAGUGUUAGACAACAGUGAGGCAUAUCAUGUGUUUUUAUUAAAAAUGAUAAAGAUGUGUUUCUUCUCAUCUAAAGGAGGUAACUUUGUCAUAAUUAGUUUCAUUAAAAGUUUGAAGUAUGAGGACUCUUUGUUAUGCCUUUAAGGUAAUUUUAAGAAAAAAAUCUGAGUAGACAUAGUACUAAUAUUGGCAAGAAAGUCCCCAAGAUAGACCUAGCAAGGAGAUAAGAACAGAUCAUUGAAAAAUAAAUAUAAAUGGAUUGGAUAGAAUUCCCAUUCAGCUGUUUUAACACAGAAAUUCAAAAUAGUGACUUAACGUGGGUGCUAUUUCUCUCUUACUUAAAGGCAAACUGGUUUUACAGCUCUGGUGUGUGACGUUAACAGAUGCCUAGGCCCUCUCCUGUUGCUCUGUCAUCCUAAUGUGCUGCAUCCACCUCAUGGACCAAGAUGGCUGCCACAGCUCCUGCCAUCACAUUUACAUUUAAGAUCGUAGAGAGGAAGUGGAGGGAAGUUGCACAUAUUGCUUCCAGUCACAUCUCAUGGGUUAAAACCUAGACAUUUGCCACAUCUAGCUGCAAAGAAGGCUAGGGAAUGUCUUUAUUAUUGAUUGUCAUGUGCCUUGAUAAGCAUAGGGAGUUCUGUUAUUAAAGAAACAAUGUGAAACAAUGUGGAAAUUAAUACUGAUAAAGACUAUCAGUAUCUGAUACAAAAGGGAACCAAACAAUAUUUCAAGUGCUUUUUAAUGUCACUUACUUCAUCAUAUGUUUUGCGAAAGAUAAGACUAAAAUUCAUCACUUUGUGUAGCAUUUAAUGGUUUUCAAAACAUUUUUGCAUGUGCUGUCUCAUUUGGUCCUCAUUACAUUCUUGUGUACUAAAUAGGACCUCUAUUCAUUUUGCCACUUGCUAGUUUGGGAUGGAGAGUCAGAGAUGUUGAAAGAUUUCCCAACGACUCAUUUAUGAGCAAGAAAGUUGCUUAGAGCCCCAGCCUUUUGACUUCAUAGCCUUUCCGACUACUUUAUGCAGCUCAGCAUCAGUAUUGGGAUUGGGAACUGCAAGAAUAUGAAAUCUAAAUCUUUAUUGACUUAUAUCCUUCCUUACCUUUUUUGACAUGGAAAAUGCCAAAGACACUGGUCAAGUUUACUCUCAGCUCCCUACCUCCAGUGAGGGGGCCUCUUAUUAGGAAUGAAAUAUCCAAGAGAUGGGAGGUGUUGCAGGGGAGACCAAAACUCAGAGGAGGCAUUCAAACACUUCUAGCAGGGUGUCUACUCCAUCCAACUCAAAACCUAUUCAAUAUGAAGGCCGAGGGAAUGUGCUCACAACUCCCUAUUAAGGGAAAUCAAUAUAAACCCGCCCCCCCUCACCCACCAAAAAGAAAAAAGAAAACUCUCCCUUUUUAAUGUCUUCUUCCCCAGGCUCCUGGUACUUUGUCAGCAACAUACUGCUUUCAUUCUUAAAGGUUUCAUUGACUGUUAAAUGAGUCCCUUUGCAUACUCACUGGAGAGAGGAAAUGCUUUAAGUUGUCCUAAGAUAACAUCUGCACACAGAGAGUUUAUCUGAUUCCUUAUCAACCAUGAUUUCUAUCUGAGGUCCUGUAUAAUGGGAUCAUUUAGAGAUGGGGGUUAGGGAGAGUAGGAGUAACUCUAGAGAAAACUGUGGCUCCUCAAAGGAGGCAGAUCUUUCCAAGGUAGAAAGGUAAUGAAUUAAAUAUAUGCCAUGCAAUACUGAAAAAAUAGAAAAUGACUAAGAUACAGUCUCUGUCCUCUAGAACUAGGGCAGCCUGGAAACAUAUGGACUAUAAUUAUUUUAGCUAUUUAAAAGAAAUGAGUGAAGAGGAUCUUGAGACAGGACCAGAGCAUUGGAAUGGUUGUAGGGACUGAAAGCUGAGUUGGAAGGAUCAGAUCCAAGAGAAAGCUGGGUUGGACUUACACAAGAAUACCCUGAUCUGAUCGCAGCUGUGACUCCAAGGUUUUCCUUUCCCAUAGUUGCUGUGACCCCAUUGGUCACCAGAGCAACUGCAUGUCUUCAGGCUGGGUAUUAGGGCUGGCUGGGUCUGAUGAUUCUACCCAUUUUGUGCCAUCUGAGGAGCAUGCGAGGGUUCUUUCUCCAAGGCACUUUCGGCCUUCCUUCUUCUCCCCUUCCACCAUCUCCACUGGACAUAAGCCAAUGCCUGCUCUCUUCUCACCACAUUCACCUGAACAAAUCUGAGCUAAUUCCUUGAGACUUCAAAUUAGCCCUUCUGAGCAAGUGGGCAGGUUCUGAAACCUGUGUGUUUUGUAGCCUAAUGAAUUGAUGGAAUGCACAUGAACCCAUCUUCAUUGCAUGUGAAAGAACCAACCUGCCUGGCAGAGGUGCAGAAAUUUCCAGAGGACUGGCCUAGCUAUAAACACCAGCAACAUCUGCAACACAAAAGCCCUUGAACUUCUAGGCAAGGACUCAUGCUAACCUAGCAGCACUCCAGAUUGAGAACGCAGAUGGACAAGUGUCUCUUGAGCCUGUGUUCCAAGAUGUCUGUGGAAAGGAUUGCAACUGUCAUCCUUUGGCACACUCAGUGGAACCUGUGUGAGCUACAUGUUCUGCUGCAUUACGGGAACUCAUCAAAGGGCCAGAUUGACAUCUUGCCAGAAAAACCAGUGUUUUGAGGAGCAAAAGUUUUGUGUACUUCGGUAAUUGUCACAUUUGUCUUCCACCUCCUUGACAUUUAUUUGUUAAUCAUAUGAUCAUUUUUUUUUCACUUUCGUUUUUUUCUUUCUCAGAAGUACUUCUGGGGCUUUGAUUGCAUUAUUUCUCUUUUAAUGUAUCAUUUCAGUGUUGGAAAGAAAAAUCUGGAUCUUUAUGUGGUGACCCAUUUUAGAUGUAAAGAUAGUUAUUCAGUAGAUAGUAAAUUAUUUCUCUUAAGAGAUAUUUCCUUUUAUUUCUGUACAAUAAUAUGUAUGAACUCAGUUACUAGGGGACUGUAUUGUGACAUUAUCAACCUUUAUUGCUAUUUAAAAAUGAUAGUUUGUAGAACUGAAGAUUUCCAUUGAUGUGAAGCACAAUUUAAUGAAUAAGUUAAAAUAUUAAACUGUUGUGAUGUCAAGAGCAA